AUGACAGUAUUAAUUUUAAGCAGUAGGGGAUCAUCUUCUCAGACCAGAUAUCUAAUUAAAGAUAUUUGUAAAUUUAUUAAAUGUGAAGAAGAAAGCAAAUAUGAUAUUAAACAGAACAUAAGAGCACUGGUUGACUUAGUUGAUUUACAUAAAUGCGAAUCAAUAAUUUAUUUUGAGACUACAAAAAGAAAUGAGCGGGUUUGGUUUGGACUUAGACAUGGAAUUUCUAUAAAAUUUAAUGUAUUGAAUUUAUACACUAUGAAAAAUUUGAAAUUUGCUGUGAAUUGUUUUAAGGAUUGUGGACAUGUUUUAAUGUUCAGUGAAGAUUUUGAUAAGAUAGAUUUUCUUGUUUCUAUUAAAAAAGUAUUUACCGAAGUUUUUAAAUCGAAUGAAAUUAAAGAUAGAGCUUUGUGUUUUUACUGGCUUGAUGACAAAAUAUGGAUUAGAAACUAUGUUAUAGAUGGAAAUGAUAUGAAAGAAAUUGGACCUAGGCUAGUAUUAGAAGUUGACAAAAUUUUAGAAAAUUGUUUUAGUGGUUCUGUUUUAUAUUCUAAAAAAGUAGAAGAUGCCAGGAACAAAUAUCAGGAAUCAAUAAAUCAUAAAUUAUAA